CCUUUCUCCUCUUUGCUCUUCUCUCCCCCCUCCCUUCCGCCUCCCCUCCCCCGCCUCCUCUCUGCAGACUCUGCACUUUGCAGACACUCCCUGAGGAACCGGGCCGCCGCCGCUGCGGCCUCCGCCGCCCUUUGCAGACGCUCCCCGGCGAGCCCGGAGCCGAGCCCGUGGCCUCCCGCCCCCCCCCCCCCGCCGGGCUGCCGGGCGGCAUGGCAAGAUGGCCGCAGCCAGCCCCGGGAUCUGCUGGGCUCUGAACUUGCAGACUAGGGGGCCCCGCCAGCGCUCCCCGCACCCAGCCGGGGUCCGGCCCCGGGCGCCAUGGCCCCCGGCCGAGAACGGAGGGUCCCCGUGAUCCAGAUGGUCCGAGGGCUGCCUCUGGCCUCUUCUCUCCUGCUGCUGCUGCUCUGCUGUCUGUGGGUGCUGGGGGCUGGCCCGAGCCUGGCCCUGGACCUAGACCUGCUGCUCGGACACUGGCAGGUGUACCGGCUGCUGACCUUCCCGCUGGGCCACACGGCCCUCCCGGCCUUGCUGCUGAGUUUGCUCCUCUUCCCCACCUUGGGCUGGUACCAGGAGAGCCAGCUGGGCACCGUGCGCUACAUCCACGCCUCGGCCCUGGGCGCGCUGGCCACCGGGCUGCUCUACCUGCUCCUGGCCGGCCUCGGGGUGCCCGGCUCGGGGAGUAGGGGCUGCGGCUACACGCCCAUCCACCUGGCUCUGCUGGCGGCCCAGCACCGGAGCCGCACCCGGCUCCCUGGGGGGGUGGUCCCGCCCCUGCUGCUGCUGGCUCUGAUGCACCUGGUGAGCUCCGAGCCCCCCUUCGUCCUCCAGCUCUGCGGCCUGCUCACGGGCCUGGCCUACUCUGCUGGACUCUUCCGCCGACUGGAGCUGUCCGAGCGCCGGCUCCAAACCCUGCAGAAGGCCAGUGUCUGCCGGGCGCUGGAGGGGAGCUGCCUGCUGUGCUUCAUCCCGGCCCCGGGCAGCCUGCUGGAGCUGCCCAUGGUCCACCCUGCCGGCCUGAGACAUUCGGAUCCUGGACCUCUGGGGAACUGGGUGCCGGGACUCUGGCCCUCCCCCCCAGACUCGGCCCCCCUCUCUCCGGGCCUGGGCACGGGGCCCUCCCUGUUUGGGGGCCCCAUCUUUGAAGGAUCCCCGUCCUGGGACGCUCCCAGCCUGCCUCUGGAGAGCCCGCUCUGGAGCCGGGGGGAUCCGGGCAACGACGAGCUGCUGCAGGCCGCCAUCCAGGCCUCCCUGCAGGACGAGCCCCCGAGGGCCGCGGAGGAGCUGAGGCUGUCCAAGUCCUCCGUGUCCUCCCUCAGGCUGCAGCAGCUGGAGCGCAUGGGGUUCUCCAUGGAGCAGGCGGUGGUGGCGCUGGCGGCCACGGGGCGCGUGGAAGGGGCCGUCUCGCUGCUGGUGGAGGGGCAGGUGGGCGACGCGGCCCAGGUGACCCCAGCGGGCAGGAGCGAGGCUCCCAGGGAGGCCCCUGCCCAGAAACCUGAGCCUGCCAGGCCCUAAGGGGGGCCCCGGAGGCUGCGCGGGACUGAGGAGCGAGCACCGUGUGAGCGAGCGUGUGAGCGUGUGUGAGAGUGUGAGCGAGCCGGCGGAAGCUGCUCCCGGAGGCCGGCCGCAUCAGCUCCCCCUCCCACGUCCCCCUCCUGAAUAAAUCCACUUCAUCUUGAAAGAA